AUGCAAAAAGCCCCAAAGAACAGCAUUAAGACUUUGAUGCUCGUCUUUGGUGUUCUGUAUUUGGAGUCAAUUGAAGAAAAUGAAGUUUAUCUGCCUAAUGAUGAGCUCUGGAUCUAUGAAAUGGAUAGCGGGUUAUGGACAAUGCACCUAAUGGAAGGAGAGUUACCUACCUCCAUGUCAGGAAGCUGUGGGGCAAGCAUUAAUGGGAAGCUGUACAUUUUUGGUGGAUUUGAUGAUAAAGGAUACAGUAAUCGGCUGUAUUAUGUUAAUUUGCGAACAAAAAAUGGAACCUAUAGGUGGAAAAAAAUUACAAAUUUUAAAGGUCAACCUCCUACACCACGCGACAAGCUUUCCUGCUGGGUGUAUAAGGACAGGCUAAUAUAUUUUGGUGGCUAUGGCUGUAGGAAGCAUAAUGAACUGAGUGAUUGUUUUGAUGUCCAUGAUGCAUUUUGGGAAGGACAGAUAUUCUGGGGAUGGCAUAAUGAUGUUCAUGUUUUUGAUACAACUACACAAACUUGGUCUCAACCAGCAAUUAGAGGUGGAGAUCCACCUCAGCCUCGAGCAGCUCAUACCUGUGCUGUGCUGGGAAAUAAAGGUUACAUCUUUGGAGGACGAGUGCUGCAAACUAGAAUGAAUGAUUUGCACUGCCUGAAUUUAGACACUUGGACUUGGUCUGGAAGAAUUAAUAUCAGUGGAGAGAAACCAAAAGAUCGAUCCUGGCACACGUUGACUCCGAUAGGAGAUGACAGACUUUUUCUUUUUGGUGGACUAAGUUCUGAUAAUGUUCCUUUAAGUGAUGGCUGGAUUCACAGCAUUACAACGAAUGGAUGGAAACAACUUACCCAUUUGCCUAAGAGCAGGCCUAGAUUGUGGCAUACAGCCUGCCUUGGAAAAGAAGGAGAAGUGAUGGUGUUUGGUGGAAGCAAAGAUGACUUGCAUUUCAUGGACACAGGUCACUGCAGCGACUUGUUGAUAUUUCAGACUCAGCCUUAUUCACUCCUCAGGUUGUGUCUUGACUGCAUUGGUAAAAAUGCAACUCUCUUACAGAAUCAAAUACCAUGCUUGCCAUCAAAACUUUUGCAGCAAGUUCUGAAAAAAAUAACCUUCUGGGCUGCAGUUAACCACCGGCAAGAGAAAAAAGCUGAAACUGAAAGACAAAGUCAACUAAAUACCACAUGAACAACGGC